AUGAAGCGUACAUUUUCAGGAGAUGAAUUCGAUACAAAUGGUGAUGGUAUUGGUAAUUCAAAUUCACAAAUAACUGAUAUUAAUAAAAAAAGUCGUUCGGAACCAACAUUACCUUCUCGUGUUGUUCAUUUACGAAAUAUUGAAGCAAGUGAACUUGAAGUUGUACAACUUGGUCUUCCAUUUGGUCGUGUAACAAAUUUUCUUAAUUUACGAAAAAAAUCACAAGCUUUUCUUGAAUUUGAUUCAACUGAAUCAGCUAAACAAAUGGUUGAAUAUUUAACAUCAAUGCCAGCUAUGAUUAAUGAUCGACAAGUAUUUGCACAAUUUUCUAAUCAUGGAGAACUUCGUACAGAUCCAACUAAUCGUACAAAUCAACAAGCACAUGUUGCAUUAGCACAAGCAACAGAUCUUUAUGAAACAGCACAAAAAGGUGGACCGAAUUGUGUAUUACGUGUUAGCAUUAUUAAUAUGUUAUAUCCUGUUACAAUUGAUGUAUUACAUCAGAUUUUCAGUAAAUUUGGUACAGUACUGAAAAUAAUUACAUUUACAAAAAAUGAUAAAUUUCAAGCACUUAUUCAAUUAAAAGAUCCAACUGGAGCUGCACAAGCUAAAUUACAAUUACAUGGUCAAAACAUAUACAAUGGUUGUUGUACUCUUCAAAUUGAAUAUUCAAAACUUCUUUCACUUACUGUUAAAUAUAAUAAUGAUAAAAGUCGAGAUUAUACUAAUCCAACAUUACCAUCAGGCGAAGGAACUAUGAGUCAACAAACAGAAUUAGAUCGAAUGCAUUCAAGUGCUGGCCUUCUUCCAUUACAACGAACAACAUCUAAUGAAGAUUAUCGUUAUGAUUAUUUUACAGCAGCUGUAGCAUCACGUGGUCGACCUCCAUCAACGGCUGGAAUCACUCCUGGUUAUGAUAUACCAGCUAAUGCUAAUCAUUUAAUGAGUCCACUUCAACCAACGCCUACUGCUUAUAAUCCAAUGGUAGGUGCUGCAGCUUCUCCAUAUGGUCAUCCAUAUGCAUCAGCUCAUCCUCCUCCUCCACCACCUAUUCAUGGUUUACCACCAACACAUCUACAAUCUCAACAACAACAAAAUCCUCAUAUGAUAUCUGUUCAAAAUGGUCCCGUUAUUCUCGUAUCAAAUCUAAAUGAAGAUAUGACGACUCCAGAGUCCUUAUUCACACUAUUCGGUGUUUAUGGUGAUGUACAUCGAGUAAAAAUUUUAUUUAAUAAAAAAGAUUCAGCAUUAAUUCAAUAUGCAACAUCACAACAAGCAGCUGUUGCUCAUCAAAAUCUUGAUCAUAUAACAAUGUUUGGAAAACAAAUACGAGUUUCAUUUUCAAAACAUCAAUUUGUACAAAUGCCAAAAGAUGGAACAUCGGAUAUGGGUUUAACAAAAGAUUUUACAAAUUCUCCGUUACAUCGUUUUAAAAAACCAGGAUCAAAAAAUUAUAAUAAUAUAUUUCCACCUGGUACCGUACUACAUUUAUCAAAUAUUCCUACUGAAACAAAUGAGGAAGAAAUUCGAAAAAUAUUUUCACAAUAUGGAACAAUAAAACGAUUUAAAUUUUUUGAAAAAGAUCGUAAAAUGGCUUUAAUUGAAAUGGAUACAAUUGAACAAGCUAUUGCCGCAUUAAUUAAUACACAUAAUUAUCGUUUAGCAGAUUCAAUGCAUCUUCGUGUUUCAUUUUCCAAGAGCAAAUUGUAA